UCUAGAGCGCUUUACGACACUGUUGACAACUGGGACUGUCCUUUUUCUUUCCAGUGUAUGUUCUGCAGCUCGUGUAUUUUUAGUUAUGAAUUAGGUUUUUCACUUAAGCAGCCGGUAAAUGAGUGUUUUCGAUUUAUUUCGCGGGUUCUUCGGGGUACCUGGAGGUCAUUAUCGAGGCCGACGGGACCCCUUCUUCGAUGCCAUGACCCAUGAUGAUGACGAGGAUGAUGAAGAUGAUGAUGGAAUCCACUAUGAUGGCUUUCGGGGGGAUCAGCAUGACCCCUUUGACAGCACCUGGAGGUUCGGCUUCAGCUUUGGCCCAAAUGGGAUGCGGCUUCAGGAGCCUCCGGCAUUUGGCCACAUCCUCAGGGAGAUGGAGGAGGUGUUCUCCGAGCUGGGCCGCUGGGACAGGCAGCAAGAGCCUGGACACUUUGAUGUUCCCAGUAUCAUGCCACCACCACCACCUCAGGACAUACCAGAGAGGGGUGGAGGGAACCCCCUGCGAGACUUUAUGCUGAAAUCCCCUAACAGCGACCAGCUAGGGCCCCAAGCUGGGCCAUCCAGAGAACCCAGAAAUGAUGGCUGCCCUUCUUUUGAGUCACCAGACUUCCCCAGUUCCCCAUUUCAUGGCUGGACUCCUUUUUCAAAGUUUAAUGACAUUUGGAGACGAGAGUCACAGAAACAUCCAGAGGAUGAGCGUAAAGAAGACAGAGAUCUGGACUCAGCAGUGUCCUCUGGUGGCUUGGAUCAGAUUCUGUCGCCACCUGCUGGUCAGACACCGAGCCAGCCUAGGACCAGAUCCUUCUUCCAGUCAGUCACUGUCACCAAAGUGGUGAAACCUGACGGGUCUAUAGAAGAGAGGCGCACAGUCAGAGACGGCCAAGGCAACGAGGAGACCACAGUGACCCGUUCAGGAGGUCCUGCGAGCCUGGAUGGAGCAAACCAUGAAACAGGGCCCAUCCUACCAGGUGAACACCCCUUUUUGGACAUGCGGGAUGAUGACUCAUUAUUCUCUAAGCUCUUUGGAGGGUUUAAAUAACAAGUGAAUGAUAUAUGCUCUCUGGACUGUUUCCCCAAAAACACAUCAGUACACAAGUGUUUCUCUAGUAGUAGACCA